AUGUACACUGUGGAUGCGCAGGGACAAAUAAUGGCGACAGCUACUAGUUUUGAUGCAUUAAUUACAAAAAUAGUAGAAGAUUUUGAAAAACGAGAUGAUGAACUAUCGAAACCAUAUUCUGUGUAUAAUCCAUCAUUCGUUCGAAAACAAGACAAUAAUAACAUUCCUAAUAUGACACCUGAGUCUAAACAGUUUAUGUGGUAUCAAAUAUUUACAAUUAGUUUAACGCAUAUGAAUCGACCAGAAAAACCAGAAUUUAUUGAAAAUUAUAAUCAAGAAAUGAUUAAAACAUGUGAAACAUAUUUUACUAAAACUUUAUUUAAAGAUAAACAAAUAGAUGAAUGUUCGAAUGAGUAUUCGUCUGAUUUAGCUAUUCAUUGGUAUACUAAAGAUAGUUUUCUAAAUCGUCUUUUAAAUGAAGCAUUACGAACAAUGAAUGUCGAAAUACUUUUUCUAUUUCGUUAUGUUAUACAAGAUAUAUAUGUUCAGUUAAAAAAACUAUACGGUGAACAACGACAAAAUAACAAACAUAUGACAACACUAACAGUUUAUCGUGGUCAAAUGAUGACAGAAAAUGCUUUCAUUCAAAUUCAAAGAUCAAUUGGUGAAUAUGUGGCAGCCAAUAGCUUCUUAUCAACAAGUUUGAAACGAAAUAUUGCUUUGGCUUAUGCAUCAUCAUCAUCUGUUAAAAACGAUCAUUUUCAAUCAGUUUUAUUCGAAAUCAACAUUACAUCAGAUAUCGCAUAUAGACCCUACGCUAAUAUAAGUCAAUUUGAAGAUGAAAAUGAAAUUCUACUUUGCAUAGGAACAAUAUUUCGUGUGAUAAAAGUUGAUUAUGAUAAAAAUGAACAUAUAUAUGUUGUACAGUUAGAAGUAAUUGAUGAAACAAAAGAACCUGAAUUAAAAGAAAUAUCUGAUUCUGUCAAAUCAGAAAUUAAUCAAGAAAAUCAUCUUACUUCACUUGGAAAUAUUUUGGAUGAAAUGGGGCAGCAUGACAAAGCAAAAUAUUAUUUUCGUUACACGUUGAAUAAAUCAUUAAAUGAUAGUCGUUAUAUAUUAGCUAGUUCACAUAAAAGUCUUGGAAAUAUUGCACGUAAAGAAACUUAUCUUAAUUUAGCACUUGAGCAUUAUUCUAAAGCGCUUGAAUUUUAUCAAUCAGCACUGAAUCAACAUGAGAUUGAUAUAUCAUUUUGUAACAAUAAUAUUGGCUUUUGUUAUUUGGAAAAAGGUGAAUGUGAAAAAGCUAUGGAAAUUUAUAAAAAAGAUUAUUGUACUAAAUGUGAUGGUCAUCAUGCAGAACAAGUAAAAUGUUCAUCCAAAUUUUCUUUUCUCAAUCAUGAUACUAAAUCACCAUCAUUAGAUCGUGAUUCAGCUACAUUUUUAUGGUAUCAAUUAUUAACAAAAAUAUUAGUUGAAAUAUCAACAUCACAAUAUUUAUCACAUAAUGAUGAAAAAGAUAUGCAAUGGUAUAGUCAAAGUCCAUUUCGAUAUCUUUCAAUGAAUAAAGCAAUUAAAACACGUAGUAUUGUUAAUUUACUUGAUUUUCGACCCUAUAUAUUAGAUUUACAGAAAAAAAUGUCAACAUUUGAGGGUAAAGUUUAUCGUGGUGCAAAAAUUAGCAAUGAUGAAUUAACAAAAUUGUCAUCAAAUAUUGGUGGCUUAAUGAUAUUAAAUAGUUUCUUAUCUACAUCAAAAGAUAAAGAUGCUGCAUUAAACUUUGCUUUAUCGGAUUUAAAUCCUCCACUUCAUCCCGUAUUAUAUGAAAUACAUUGUAAUCCAAAUGUUGAAACAAAAGCUUUUAUUAGUAUAACUAAUGAUGAAAUAUUAUUUGAUAUUUCAACAGUCUUUAAAAUUAUUCGAAUUGAUAAUACAUGUCCACCAUUUAAAAUUAUUUAUUUACAAACUACUGAUGAACAUCUACAAUUGAUAAAUGAAUAUUAUGAUCUUGCUAAAAAGCAAUUAAUUGUAUCAACACCAAAAUUAUUAUUUGCUCGUCUUAUGUAUUAUUUAGGCGAUUAUAAAAUAGCAUAUACGUUCUUAAAACAAUUUCAUGAAAAUAUAGAUGAUGAUAAUGAAAAUUUAGCAACAUUUUAUUAUGAUAUUGCAUAUAAAUAUUAUUCAAAUGAAGAAUAUGAUGAAGCUUUGGAUACAUAUGAUUCAUUUUUGAAAUAUACACACAAUGAAUUACUUAUUAGUCAAACAAUGAAAUAUAUUGGAAGUAUUUAUGAAGAAAAUAAUAAUUAUACAAAAGCAAUUGAAUAUUUCCAAAAAGUAUUAGAAAAUAAGACAUUAAGAUCAAACUUACCUUUAGUAGUAAAUUUAUACUCAAAUAUUGGAAUUAUUUAUCAAAAAAUAAAUAAUUAUAAUUUAGCAUUAGAAUACUAUAAUCGAGCAUUAGAUAUACAAUUAGAAAAUAAUGAUGAAUUACAAAUAGCAUCAUUGUAUGAUAAGAUUGGUACAGUUUAUGAACAAACAGGAGAAUAUACUUUAACGUUAAUGUUUUAUGAAAAAUCACUUGAACUUAAAUUAAAACAUGGACACUCGUCAAUUGCUGUUACCUAUGAAAACUUAGCUUAUUUAUAUCGUUCACAAGAACAAUAUGAAAUGGCAUUGAAAUAUUAUUUACAAGCAUUAUAUAUACAGAAACAAAAUUUACCAACUAAUCAUCCCUAUAUAGAGCAGAUAAUACGAGAAAUAGGUGAAUUGUAUCGAGAAAAAUUUCCACACUAUUCACCAAUGAAAAGUAAAACAAAAUGGGGUAAGAGUAUAAAUAAUUUAUGCAUCAUUUGA